ACCUGGUGUGCUUCUUUAUGAAAGAUUCACCGGGCGGAAGUCCAAUUGAGUAUAGUGUGUGCCACCUGUUUGCCGAUGGAUAAGCGAACCGUACCGAGCCUGCCACUUCCUAACCCAGACUUCCAAAUCUAUCUGAUUAGCCCAUGGGCUGAAUUGGUCCUUUAGGUGGGAUUGAUCCCUGUACCCCUUCUCCCUCGGUUAGUAUUCGGAUAGUGUUCACACAACCGUCCUUUCUCUUUUCUCUUUUGAUUGGUGUUCCCUAUACUCCCAUUCUCCUUUUGGUGGAAUUCUGUCUCACCUCCAAUUAGCUUUUGGCCUCUAUUCCGGAGGUCGGGCUUCAUUUCGUAAGCGUAAGCUAUAUAAAGAGAGCCAUUCUAUGACUAUGAAGGGUAAGCGAAAAAAGGAAGUUCCUUGACCCGAUUCUCUAUUCAAUUCCACAAUCAACUCCACAAAUUGAAUAUCUUAUAUAAUUAAUAUAAGGCUCCAGAAAGAAAGGCAAGCAGUAGGCCUGGUUCACCAGGUUCUACCACUGCAGGGCCCAAUCAUAGUCAAAAGCGGAAAAGAGAGGAUUUGCAAGAAAAAGUCGAAUAGACUGACCUACGAGCAUAAGAAAGAAGAGGAAAUCUAAUUAUGUAUGAUGAGCUUGAGUCGAGUCACAAAAAGGGCUCAUCAUAGCCCUUUUAGAGUGACUUUCACGGUUAUGAUGAGCUUUUUUCUCCUAUUUCCAAGAUCGAAUUCCAGUUUUUUCUUAUGUAGUGGAAACGCCCUACAAUCUGAAGUUUUACGCUUCAGGCAAGAAAUGUUCUUGGUGGAUGCAGGACUUGGGACCCCCAGAAUUUGUAUGCAAGAUGAGCCUACAGGGGUGCCAAUCAACCGAGCCACCAGGUUUGAGAAUAGGGUGGGAUUCCUGGAUCUAGUGGCCGGUGAAUCACUGAUCAAAGAGCAGAUUUUGGAGAGAUUCUUCAUCGAUCUAGUGGCCGGUGAAUCACUGAUCAAAGAGCAGAUUUUGGAGAGAUUCUUCAUCGAUCUAGUGGCCGGUGAAUCACUGAUCAAAGAGCAGAUUUUGGAGAGAUUCUUCAUCGAUCUAGUGGCCGGUGAAUCACUGAUCAAAGAGCAGAUUUUGGAGAGAUUCUUCAUCGAUCUAGUGGCCGGUGAAUCACUGAUCAAAGAGCAGAUUUUGGAGAGAUUCUUCAUCGAUCUAGUGGCCGGUGAAUCACUGAUCAAAGAGCAGAUUUUGGAGAGAUUCUUCAUCGAUCUAGUGGCCGGUGAAUCACUGAUCAAAGAGCAGAUUUUGGAGAGAUUCUUCAUCGAUCUAGUGGCCGGUGAAUCACUGAUCAAAGAGCGAGCAGCCGCCAGGUUUAAUGAUUUGGUGGGAUCUACAGAUGUAGUGGCUGGUGAACCGCUUCUUCUUCUUCCACGAAGAUUCAGACAAAACCGAGCUUGGAUGGAACUGAACAAGAUUGAGCGAACGAAGGCAAAGAUCAAAGGCUUUAUUAUUGAGAAAGUAAAAGGAGGUUAUUCAGUAGCCAUCGCAGGUUUCAUUACUUUUCUUCCAUUCCGCCGCAGAAGGAAAAGGAUAUUGAAUAAUCAAUUCACCGUUGAGAACAUUAACCCCAAAAAGAAGAAUAUUGUGGUCUUCUAACCCAAAAAGAAGAAUAUUCUGGUCUUUGAAGGAAUGAAAAAAAGGAGAGACUGGUAGAGCUCCUCUUUGUCAGCGGCAUUCUACCUUCUAUCUAUCAACCAUUUCAUUAUGGAACUUUCUCCCGACAACAAUCAUUUUGAAAAUAAUGUGCAAUUCAUAGCCCUCGAUGAUCGGGCAAAUGUGAUAGCAAAUUUCUGCGAUCAAGUAUCUAGAAACAUGGAUGCAACUGGUCUUCAGUUGCCACCAGCAUGGACGUCGGUAAGAGAGCUUGCCGAGCAUGUCUGGCAUGUUAAUGAUGAAGAACUUGUGACUAUUCCUUAUGUCAUCCAUCUCACAAAUGAACUGGCCCGUGAGGACUUUCAAAGUGGAUGUAUAUGGCAGGAAUUUGUUGAUGAGUUG